UUCCGAAAGAAAAUCUCCCGGCUCCCUCCCUCCCUCUCUCAAUCACUAGCUCUGAGAUAUACUCAUUUCUCCUCCUCCAUGGCAUCGACGACUGAAUCCUUCUUUGCUCCCUCCAUUGCCCCAAAUUCACAUACUGACAAUCCAAACCCCUACAGCCUGAGCUCCAUGACUAGUGCUCAACACUAUUGGAGCAUUGCUCAUGAUCUCACAUCGGCUUCUCCUCCCUUAGAACCACACAACUAUGGGAUUAAACAUGAUAUGGGUUUUGUUGGUGUCCAACAUGCACAAAAAAUGGAAGUAUGCAGGCAUGUGCUAAGGAAAAUAGGAGAAGAUCAUCCAUUUGAAAGUUUAUACAUGAUUGAUGCUAUCCAACGUCUUGGAAUUGACAACUACUUUCAGGAAGAGAUUGGAGCAAUUUUACAUGGGCAUUAUGUAAAAUACGUGGCUCAUGGCGGUGACUGCGGUCAUGAGCUUCAUGAGGUUGCUCUACGCUUUCGACUGUUGAGGCAACAAGGCUACUAUGUGCCUGCCGAUAUAUUUAACAACUUUAAGAGCAAAGAGGGAAAGUUCAACAAAGAACUGGCUGAAGAUAUUAACGGAUUGAUGGCUUUGUAUGAAGCUUCACAACUAAAUAUAGAAGAUGAAGACAUACUUGAUGAAGCUGGAAAGUUUAGCGAGCAGCAGCUGAAUGCACGGGUGAGACAUCUUGAUGAGAGCCAAGUCAGAGUUGUUGGGAAUACUUUGAGGCAUCCUUACCACAAAAGCUUGGCAAGGUUCAUGGCCAAAAGCUUUUUUGGUAAUUUUCAGCAGAUAAAUGGAUGGCCGAAUGAUUUAGAACUACUAGCAAAAAUGGAUUUCAAUAUGGUCCAAUCCAUGCACCAAAAGGAAAUUGCUCAAAUUUCCAAAUGGUGGGCAGAUCUUGGUUUGUCUAAGGAGCUAAAGUUUGCAAGGAACCAACCACUCAAAUGGUACAUUUGUUCAAUGGUGUGUCUUACAGAUCCAGACAUGUCAGACGAAAGGGUUGAGCUCACAAAACCCAUUUCUCUUAUCUACAUAAUAGACGACAUUUUCGAUGUUUAUGGAACGAUUGAGGAACUCACUCUCUUCACAGAAGCUGUCAACAAAUGGGAUUUUGCUGCUCUUGAGCAACUACCCGAGUACAUGAAGAUAUGCUUCAAGGCUCUUUACGACAUCACCAAUGAAAUUAGUAACAAGUUACAUCAAAAGCAUGGAUGGAACCCAAUAGACGCUCUAAGAAAGACGUGGGCGAGUUUGUGCAAUGCCUUUCUAGUAGAGGCGAAAUGGUUUGCUUCUGGGCACUCACCCAGGUCAGAAGAGUAUUUGGAAAAUGCAGUUAUUAGUUCAGGGGUUCAUGUCGUACUUGUUCACACUUUCUUUCUUUUGGGCCAACGUGUAACCAAGGAAACUGAAGAUCUUGUGGAUAACCUACCGGGCAUUAUUUCUUCGCCGGCCACAAUUCUUCGGCUUUGGGAUGACUUGGGAAGUGCCAUGGAUGAGAGUCAAGAAGGGCGCGAUGGAUCAUACAUAGACUACUACGUGAAGGAACACCAAGGUUGCUCCAUCAAAGAGGCACGAGAGAAGGUUGUGAGUAUGAUUGCAGACGCAUGGAAGCGGCUAAACAAAGAGUGCCUCUCUCCAAAUCCAUUUCCAGCAGCAUUCACUAAGGCUUCUCUUAAUAUUGCAAGAAUGGUUCCAUUGUUGUAUAAUUAUGACGACAACCAUUGCCUUCCAAGCUUCCAGGAGCAUUUGAAAUCCGUGCUUUAUGAAAGCGUCUCACUUUAAGGGAAAAAAAAAAAAAUUUAUAUAUAUAUAUAUAUAUAUAUAUCAAGCCUUUGCGUAAUUUCUAUAUUGUAAACAGCUUUAUUGGAUGUAUUAGAAACUAAGCCAAUGAGCUGCCAGCCAUCCAGUAAAAUUACUCCUUCAACUUGAUGUUCUGAAAAAGCCUUUAUCUUCAAUUCCCAAGCUCUUACUGUGUUAAGAUUAUGUAUGUAUUAGAUAUGUUUUUUUAAUGGUUACAUUU